ACACUGAAAAACACGCAAUAUCAAACGUAGGUCCGGGAACUUGACCUAGAUUUUAUAUUUUAGGAUGCUUAGGGAAAGCUUGAAACGGUAGUGGUAUCCUUACAAAUCUGAGUGAUAUGUUUACAUAAUCUGAGACUUUAAACUAGUUAGAGAACUAUUCUGGAUUAAAAUUUACUUUUAGAUCUAGAUUCUAGGUCUUAAUUGUAAACCUUGGUUACAACUGCAGGUAGUAACGAAAGAAUCUUGAUAUCUAAGUAGAAAAACUUAGGAAAUAAAGACUGUUUAAAUGCUGAUUGAUUGUUAGAAGUCUUGAAGAGUUCACAGCAUGGGGAAUGAAGGAACCAAGAUUCAGAACGAGACGAUGGAUGAAACAGAAAAAUUUUUAAAACUGACACCAAGUGACAUCAUUGGAGACAUGGAUGGAUUAGCUGUCCAUGAACUUGAUUUACCGGAACCUGGAGAUAGCUUACAGCUUCACCUAAAGGCCUGCAAAAAGAAUCCUGGCCAUCCAAACUUCAUCCCUGUUAAUUCAUUCAGCUUGGAGCACCUACCUGAGGGUUAUCGCGAUGAAGUCCUCUACGAAGUCAUUAAAUCCAUCGCCAGUCUGACCGUCAAACUUAGCGUCAAUGUGGCCAGCCCUCAACGGCCAACCACGUGGCCAGGCACAAGUAUCCCAUACCCCUUUUCCGGCACGCGCUACAAAAAUGUGCUGAGAACCGGAACUGGGAAAGUGUAUCAGAUCAUCAGGGUGGAAGAAGGCGACACGCAUGGCUGGGGAAAGAAUACCAAGUGUGUUUGCGGACGCUGUAGGAUGUCGCAAACCCCAAGCAAUGUAUGGUGGGAGAUUGACAUUAUAACAGCCACGCAUGUCAUCUUCGAUAGUGUUGAGGCUGAAAAUACGACCUGUGACUUUUUCUUUGACAGCCAGGAGAGCCCCGGUUAUCGCCUGGACAACAUGAUCAUGAAGAGUUAUGGAAUCGCGACGGACAAAAGCUCUAUGAAGUGCAUAACCUGCAAUGAGGAGCUUGCAGACAAGUUGGGUGCCGCGCUCAACAAGUGGGAGCAGCUCCGAUGGACUGCCUUCUACCGGCACAAAAAAGAUGCGCAGAAGAUGGCCGUGGUGGUCUCCCAUCCACACGGAUGCUCGAAGCAGAUCAGUCUGGGCCAGUGGCUUGAGAAGGUCAAAGGUGAAGGGGGAAAUGUGUUCAAACACACCUACACAGCUUGCACGUGUCCAGGCAGUAGUGGCGCCCCAGUUUACUUUGCAGGCUUUACAUUUAACAGUAAUGUUUCUUAUGGGUUUCAAUUUAAUGAACGUGCGCACAGCGGGGCCUUUGGAAAGGAGAUCAACUUCAGCUUUUAACCUCAUCGACUCUUAAAUGACGACUUUGAAAUGUAAAUAUCAAAAGACACGCAGUCCUAUCAAAUACUUAAUCUCAAGUCCAACAUUUUGCUAUGAGAUCAAGCUUUACAAUACCAAGGUAUAAUGAAUGUUUCAUAUUAUUUCUAUUAUACUUGUUUAUAUUAGCACAACCAUGGCUAUGUAACGAGAAAAGAUACCAUGCUUUGGUGUGAUAGCGACCUACCCGAUAUUAGAUUUAGGAGAAUGGUUUUUUACCAUCAAUGCCCCCUGGACCAAUCAUUUUUAUCAUCAAUGUUCCCUGGACCAAUCAUUUUUAUCUUCAAUGUUUCCUGGGCCAAUCAUUUUUUUUAUCUUCAGUGUUCCCUGUGCCAAUCAUUUUUGACCAUCAAUGUUCUCUGGGCUAAUCAUUUUUUACCAUCAAUGCCCCCUGGACCAAUCAUUUUUAUCAUCAAUGUUCCCUGGACCAAUCAUUUUUAUCAUCAAUGUUCCCCAUGCCAAUCAUUUUUAUCAUCAAUGUUCCCUCGGCCUGAUGGUAGUGACAUUACCAGAUAAACUUCAAGUCAAAUGAUAUGUUUCACCAUAUGCGAGCCCUAAUCUCACAUUCAUUAUCUUUAUUCCUCUUUGAAGAGCUUUGACAUUUAUCUGAGCCAAUACUUCUGGCUUUAAAGAAGACUUCUUUAAAAAUAUUGGGUUAGGUGGCUGAGUGGUAAAGUGCUUGGCUUCCAAAUUGAGAUUUCUCAGGUUCCAACCCUGGUGAGAACUGUGAUUUUGAAAUUGGGUUUUUGGGACGCCCCUGACUCCACCCAACUCUAGUGGGUACCUGACAUGAGUAUAGGGAAGUAAAGGUGGUUAGUCAUGUGGUGGUCACACGACACCCUCAUCAACCAAAGAAACAGAUGACUUUUACAUCAUCGGCCCUCUCCGGUAUAUAUCAAUGUCUAAAACAGCAGUUCCCAACCUUUUAAGCUCGGCGACCCUUUUUACAUUUCCCACUCUGCGGCGACCCCCAAAAACCAUCCAUAUUUUCGAUGGUCUUAGGCGACCCCUGGCAAAUUGUCAAUCGACCCCUAAGGGGGUCGAGACCCACAGGUUGAGAACCCCUGGUUUAAAAGGAUUGGAAAGGGAGGGGGGAAUACUUUUUAAAAAUUUUCAAGUUAAAUGUCUGAUUUAAAAUGACAAUGCAUAAGUAUAAAUAACAAUGAUUUAAACUGGUAGCAAUGAGAAAAAGGUUUAUUGUAUAAAUGUAUACAGGUAUAGAGGUGUGUAAUAAUGUUUCUUAUGAGAAUAAAAAUAUAUUACCUCUGUGAAAUAAAUUCAUAAAACGAGCAACCAAUGUAAUUGAAAACAUAUGACAUCAUCCAGUAAGCACAAAGUAAAACAAAAACUGUUUGAUAGCAUUCGCCAAAAGAUAAACGUGUCACAUGACAUCAGCCAUAAAGAACAAAGUAAAACCAACUAUUGUUGGACAGCAUUCACCAAAAGAUAAAAUUGUCAGGUGUUGGUUGCAUAGGGAAGAAAAACAUAAAAAAUACUUUAAAAAAAAACACAAAAGUUUCUAUUACGUGCAAUUGCAUCAAUUAGUUUGGAUCAGUCAUGUAAUUAUUUUAUGUAUGAUUGACCUAGACUUUUACAUUUGUUGAUAGAAAAUUUUUUACCAAUUUUUUUUUUUCAGCUUUCUCAAUGUCUUAUGAUCCUAUCACUUGUCUGGACCAGUUGUGAAAGGGGGAGGGAAGAAGGGGGUAUCUCAGUGAAUG